GGGCUUGUUUCCAGGAAGUGAGUAGCGCAACACAACGCAGGCCUCCCGUGGUUGCUGCUUGUCUGGAUUGGAGCAUUGAACUUUUCGCGUUUCCACCAUCAUUUAAAAUUAAACAAUAAUGGGCGACGACGAGGAGAAGUAUGACGGAAUGUUGCUUGUUAUGGCACAGCAGCACGAGGGUGGAGUACACGAGUUAAUAAAUACAUUUUUCAGUUUCCUGCGGCGCAAGACUGAUUUUUUCACCGGCGGGGAUGCGGGUGCUGCAGAAAAGCUUGUCACCGAUGCUUUCGCACACCAAAACAAGCUGGCAAGGGAGGCCCACAGAGAAAAGCAGAAGAAGCAAGAGAGGGAGAAGAAUGAGAAGGCCAAACGGGCUGCCCAGCUAGCCGAGGAGGAAGAGCGCAAAAGGAAAAACCAGGACGCGCCUAGGAUUCAGGAGCUCACCGAUGAGGAAGCUGAGAAACUUCAGACAGAACUGGAAAAUAAGAAAAAAGACGAGAUGAAGAAGGAAACUGUGAAGGUGAUCAAUUCAGACGAAGGAGACAAAGAUAAAGGGUCUGAUACAGAGGAAGAGGACGAGAAGGACAAAGACAAACUCAAGCCCAACGCGGGAAACGGUGCUGACAUGCCCACGUACAAGUGGACUCAGACGCUGUCCGAAUUAGAUCUGACCGUACCGUUCGACGUCAACUUCCGCAUCAAAGGCCGAGACGUGGUGGUGGAUAUCCAGCGGCGCUCCAUCAAGGUGGGCCUGAAAGGACACCCGCCUGUGGUGGAGGGCCAGCUCUUCAAUGAAGUGAAGGUGGAGGAAAGCUCCUGGUUGCUGGAUGAUGGCAAGGUGGUGGUUGUCCACUUGGAGAAGAUUAAUAAAAUGGAAUGGUGGAGCAGGAUUGUUGACACUGAUCAGGAAAUAAACACCAAGAAGAUCUGCCCUGAGAACUCAAAGUUGUCAGACCUGGACGGAGAAACACGUGGUAUGGUGGAGAAGAUGAUGUACGACCAACGCCAGAAGUCCAUGGGCCUGCCCACGUCGGAAGAGCAGAAGAAGCAGGACAUCCUUAAAAAGUUCAUGGCUCAGCACCCAGAGAUGGACUUCUCCAAAGCUAAAUUCAGUUGAAAUUGGCUACGUAUGUAUGUGUGUAUGUGUGAGUGUCCACCAUGAUGCCUGGCCGCCCCUCAAGUCGUUAUGUUUUCAUUCACAUCCAGGUAUCAUGUAGUAACUCUCAUCUCUGUCUGCUUGGUGUUAAUUUUUUUUUUUUUUUUUAAAUAAAGCAAUGGGGUCAACUGUU